AUGACGGCCCCAUUAGCCGGCCUCCAAACCGAGACGAGAAACCCUCAGACGACGGCCAUCGAUCGCGUUUCCACCGAGACGCUCUGUCGGAUUCUGCACAGCCAAGACGCCGGAAUACCUGCCGCCGUCGAGCCAUGCAUCCCCAUCAUUGCGCAGGCCAUUGACACGCUUGCCGAGCGGCUCCGCGCCGGCGGUCGCGUUUUCUACAUGGGCGCAGGCACAAGCGGUCGGCUCGGCGUGCUUGACGCGUCCGAGAUCCCGCCCACCUACUCGGCGCCUCCCGGCCAAUUUGUGGCUCUCAUCGCCGGCGGCGACGAGGCCCUCCGGCACGCAAAGGAGGGUGCCGAAGACAGCCGGUCCGGCGCCGAGGCCGACCUCGAGGCGCACGGCUUUGAUCCGCAGGUCGACUCGCUGGUUGGAAUCGCCUCUUCCGGACGGACGCCCUACGUCCUGGGGGGACUGGAGUACGUCCGGAGGGCCGGCGGCGUCACCGUGGGCGUCGUCUGCGUCGAGCCGUCGGCGGUGGCGAGCGAGGGCAACGCCCAGUAUCUCGUGGCCGCCGUGACGGGCCCCGAAGCCGUGACGGGCAGCACGCGCAUGAAGGCCGGCACGGCGACCAAGCUGAUUCUCAACAUGAUGAGCACCGGCAUCAUGGUCAGGCUGGGGAAGACGUAUGGCAAUCUCAUGGUGGAUCUGCGAGCAACCAACAUCAAGCUGCAGCAGCGGGCAAGGAAUAUCCUGAGGCUCAUUGGAGGCCCGCGCUGCACGCAGUCUGACGAGGAGCUCGGCCGCAUCCUGCACGAGUGCCACGGCAGCGUCAAACUCGCCGCCGCCACUAUUGUGUUGGGCGUGCCGGUUGCUGACGCCGAAGCCCGUCUCCGGCAGCACGGGGGCCUUCUCGCGAGGGUGAUUGAAGAGCAUGAGGGCCAGCAAGCGGCUACGGACGAAGCACAGGACGACGGGCUUGUCCUCUGCGUGGACGCCGGCGGCACGAGCUGCAAGGCCGUCAUCAUGUCCAGGGACGGUGUUUCUGGGUGCGGCGCAGCAGGGCCGUGCAACGUGUCGAGCAUCGGGCUGGAUGCAGCCAUGGCCUCCAUGUCGCAGGCGAUCCAAGAGGCGGCAGACGACUGCCCCGUGACCAAGGGUCGCAAGUUUGGCCACAUGACCUUUCAAUCGGUAUGGAUUGGCAUCGCCGGAUACGAGCGGCCGGCUCUCGCGCAGUCACUCGGCGACGCAGUCUGUGGGCUUGUCAAAACGCCGCCUGGGACGCGGCCACGCAUCACGGCCGACACGGACCUGUUGUCCGCGUCCAUGUCUGUGAAACGGGACAUCGACUCCGUCAUCGUCCUUGUCUCUGGCACCGGCUCCAUCGGCACCAGCUUCAGACGAGCCGGGCUGGGCUUCCAGCGCACCGCGCGUGUCGGCGGAUGGGGCCAUUUGCUGGGCGAUGACGGCUCGGGCUACAGCAUCGGACGGGAGGCCCUUCGCAGGGCCCUGCGAGAAACAGACGUUUAUCGGAUGACCCAUGAUGGAGCGACUACUGCUGCUUCCCCGGCGCCAUCUCUGUCUCCGCUGUCACAGGCUAUCUUCAGGCACUUUGAGCAUCAAUAUCCCGCCAGUAACCCCGGUGAUCUCCUCAGCGCCAUCGUCAUGCCCUUCUCGGGGCUUGGCGCGGCAGAAAAUGCCUCUUUGGGCACGACCAAGCGUAUUGCCGGGGUUGCCAAGAUUGUCUUGUUCAUGGCCGCUGCGGGCGACGACGAGGCAAAGAGCCUCGUGGCCGGCGGGACUGCGAGUCUGGCUGAGCUGGUGACGCUGUUGGUAAGGGGCCAGGGCAUGGACGUGUCGAGAUGUGGACUCGUCUUGGCGGGCGGCCUGAUGCAGAGCGAGCUGUAUAGAGACGCUCUGCUUGAUGCUGUCAGGAAGCAGCUUGGGGAAUUUGGCCAAAGUGCGACUGUGAAGCAGCCCGCGUUUGAUGGCGCCGAGUUGCUCGCAAAGGGGUUGUAG